GGCGCGCGGUGGUCUCUACACCACUUCUUCGUUAGCCCACUCCGAGUUCUGCUGUGUUUGUGUUUGUGCCAACUGCCUGUACAGUAAACUCCAGUUACCAAAAUGCAAUAUGUGGUGUUUCUUCUCAACGCUGCUUUUCUACUGCACACCAAGGUUGAAGCCAAAACAAUAGGUUAUUUCUGGCACCUUACUGAUAUUCACUGGGACCCAAACUAUAACACAAAAGACCACAAUUGUCUGAGGGUAGGAUCCUCAGGUCCUCGCGGCAAGUACGGGGAACACAGCUGUGACUCCCCGUGGUCCCUGGUGCAGUCAGCUGCGGAAGCCAUGGCCAACAAACAGCGCGACGACAUCGAGUUCAUACUCUGGACUGGAGAUAGCUUGACAAACAGUCGUAACAUAAACAAGAUGGCGGCUCUAACCAACCUGACUCACUUGCUCAGUCAAGUGUUUACCAGCCACUUCGUCUUCCCUGUCCUGGGUCACGAUGAUCCUGAGGUGUCUGUGACGCAGGAGAACCCCUACCAGAACCUGUCGGAACUGUGGAAGUUGUGGCUACCAUCGGAGGCAUUGGCAACCUUCGUAAAAGGUGGCUACUACACGAUAGAGCGGAGGCAGAGAAAACUCAGACUGGUAGCGCUCAACACGAACCUGUGUACCGGAAGUGUACCCGAGUUAGAUCCGGCUGGCCAAUGGGCAUGGCUGGAGAAAGUCCUAGCAAAGUCGAAGCUGCGAGGCGAAACAGUGUACCUGGCGGGCCACAUAGCUCCAGGUGUGGACGAGAGAGUCGGCAGUCCCCCCAAGCCCUCUAUGUCCAGCUACCAUAACACUAAGUUCUUGUCCCUCAUCAGGAAGUACGCAGACAUCAUCACAGGGCAGUUCUUCGGGCAUCUGCACUCCGACACCUUCAGGCUCGUGUACAGCGAACUCGGGUUCCCGAUAUCACGUCUGUUUCUCGCUCCCUCCGUCACACCCCGCCGCUCUUCUGCAGGCCUCAACAAUCCCGCCAUCAGGCUCUACAAGAUAGAGAUAGAUACUGGCCAGGUACUGGACUAUUCUCAGUUCUAUCUGGACUUGCCGGCCGCAAAUGCCGCGCCUACUGCUGCCCCCACCGCCGACCCGGAUGAAAACGUAGAUGCUUCCGACGUUGAGUGGGUUGUGCUGUACAACCUUACCGAUUACUACGGCUUUCGCCACGGUUCUCCGGAGGAGUUUCACGAAUUGGCCGAGAGCUUUACAGUGCCAGAGGGCCUGACACUGUUUAUGAGGUACCUACAGGCCAACUCCGUAUACAGUUCGAGUCCUCAGACCAACGUGGCGGGUGCUCACUCACACUAUUGCGCUGUGACCCGCCUCGACUACUUGGAGUAUCAGAACUGUCUCGCCACCGCAGCCGCCCCUCUAGCCGCCACCACUGCUGCCGCCCCUAACAACACGGCCACCUCCGCCCCCAUCGUUCAUCACACUUCGAUUAUGACAGGCUCAGUGCUGUUUGUGUUAGCAAUCAGGUGACGCCUGGGCGCUUUUGUAUAUUUGUAAUCUAAAUGUGUUUAUAUAUUUGUGAUAUUUAAUAUACUAUUUUCUAUAUUA